AUGGUGCUUAUUUUUAACACUUUGACAUUUUCUCCAGGUUAAACUUUAUUUUAUCAUACAAGUUCCUCACUGCCAUAAUGAGGCUAGUAAUUCUUGAAGAUUAUGAUCAGGCUAGCGAAUGGGCAGCAAAAUACAUCUGUAAUCGUAUUAUCCAAUUCAAGCCAAGUCAAGGAAGAUAUUUCACGCUUGGUCUACCAACAGGGAGUACACCUUUGGGAUGCUACAAAAAGCUGAUAGAAUAUCACAAGAAUGGAGAUCUCUCUUUCAAAUAUGUAAAGACUUUCAACAUGGAUGAAUAUGUAGGGCUCCCCAGAAAUCAUCCAGAGAGCUAUCAUUCCUACAUGUGGAAUAACUUCUUUAAACAUAUUGACAUAGAUCCAAAUAAUGCUCAUAUCCUUGAUGGGAAUGCUCCAGACUUACAGGCGGAAUGUGAUGCAUUUGAAAAGAAAAUUGAAGAAGCGGGGGGGAUUGAUCUGUUUGUUGGAGGCAUUGGUCCAGAUGGCCACAUUGCAUUCAAUGAACCCGGAUCAAGUUUGUCUUCAAGAACAAGAUUAAAGACUUUAGCAAUGGACACCAUUUUGGCAAAUGCUAAAUACUUUGAUGGAGACUUAUCUAAAGUACCAACUAUGGCGCUAACGGUUGGUGUGGGUACAGUGAUGGAUGCUAGAGAAGUGAUGAUUCUUAUAACAGGUGCACAUAAGGCUUUUGCAUUGUACAAAGCAAUUGAAGAAGGAGUCAAUCAUAUGUGGACAGUUUCUGCUUUCCAGCAACACCCUCGUACUAUCUUUGUGUGUGAUGAAGAUGCUACUUUAGAACUAAGAGUUAAAACUGUGAAGUACUUUAAAGGUUUAAUGCAUGUGCACAAUAAGCUUGUGGACCCACUGUACAGUAUGAAAGAAAACUGAAAGAAGAAUUGAAGAGGAACUCCAUGUGGGUCAACAGCAACAGUUUUAGGUAGCAGAUGAGUUCACUGCUAUGCAAUAUGCUGAAAACUGUUUAAAAUGGGCAAUCCUAGGUACUGUAUUUUUUAAAAGGUCCAAUAUCUGUACAUUCACAUUCCAUCUCUUUGCUGUGUUGUGCAUUUUGCUUUAACAUUUGGAGCUCUGUUGUUGGCUGGUACAUAACUAAACGGAACAGAACAAACCUGUGGGAGACUGCAUGUUAUGUAGGGGGGGGGGGGGGAAGCAGAGCACUUAUUCUAGCACAGCAAUGUAAUGCAUCUGCCUUGUGUUAGAGAAUAUGAUAUUUUAUUUCCAGGAAUUGGUAAUUUUGGGCUUGAUUAGUGUAACUACAUUUUGCAUUUGUGUCUCUAGGCAGAAUGGUUUUGGCCUUUGUCAAUACUAUGGACUCGUAAUAGUUGUACAAUUUCUACUAUGAAAUGUUCUGUUUACAUACAUCUAAUGUACACUGAGCUUUUGCACUUGGUUGCCUUAAAUUUAUCUUAAACAGUUUUGGGGCAUCUCAAGUCCUGCUGUACAAUUCAGGCAAAUAAAAAUACAAAAACAGUGCCUAAAAAUGCACCAAAUUCUUAAAAGUUAUAACUUCACAGAAAAAUAUUAAACUUCUGCCAUAGCACUUUUUCCUCUCAUGUUUUUCAAAUUACUUUAGGAUUUUUAUAUUUUUGGUAAUUGAGCUUUAUAUGUAAGGAAAAAUCUAAAUGUUCCUUUCUGGUGGUACCUGUUUAAUUGUACCAUUGAUGUUACCAUUAAAUGCCUGAAAAGAGGUUAAUUUACAGGAAUAUAAUGUCUGCAAGUUUAAAUGAUCAUGUAUUAAAGUCAACUGUUAAUCACUUUGCAGUAGUUACCUCUCAUUGUAUCAUUAUAACCAUUGAGCUGUUACAGGGAAUGUUAUUUCCUACUUUGAAUAUAAGUAAAACUUAAAUAUAAAUCUA